AUCUUCUCCGUUUGAGCUCUUCUCGGCCAGAAGAAGAAGAAGAGAGAGAAGCGGGAGCGGCACCUUCAUGAUAUUAAUUCUAGGGUUUUGAUACAGUAAAACAAACAGGAGAAAGAAAUAUGAGUACUCAACUUCUUCAUCCAGUUUCAAGACGUAAUGGUAAGCGCAAUCCAUCCUCUAUUGGUGGAAGAUCCUCUGUUCAACCGGACAAUACGACUUCGAAUGGCACUCAUCAAUCAAAACCCUCAUCCCCUGAUCAUCCGUUUGUGGUUGGUGCUAGAACAGUUAAGAAACUAAGGUUAUCAAAGGCCUUAACUAUUCCAGAAGGAACUACAGUUUCUGAUGCUUGUCGAAGAAUGGCAUCUCGUCGUGUUGAUGCUGUUCUGUUGACUGAUUCAAACGCCUUACUUGCCGGCAUAGUCACGGACAAGGAUAUUGCUACUAGGGUUAUAGCAGAGGGAUUGAGACCAGACCAAACUUUAAUUUCGAAAGUCAUGACAAAGAAUCCUAUUUUCGUCUCUUCAGAUUCUUUGGCAAUUGAUGCUCUUCAGAAGAUGAUUCAAGGAAAAUUCAGACACCUUCCUGUUGUAGAAAAUGGUGAAGUUAUUGCAUUGCUUGAUAUUACCAAAUGUCUGUAUGAUGCAAUAUCGCGAAUGGAAAAAGCUGCCGAACAAGGCAGUGCCAUUGCUGCUGCGGUGGAAGGUGUAGAACGACACUUUGGUUCCAAUUUUUCUGGUCCAUCUGCUUUCAUUGAAACACUAAGAGAAAGGAUGUUUAAACCUUCUCUAUCAACUAUUAUUGGUGAGAAUGCCAGGGUUGCAAUAGUAUCACCAUCCGAUUCUGUAUACACUGCUGCGAAAAAGAUGCAGGAGUUAAAAGUUAAUUCUGUACUUAUCGUGGUUGGGAAGAAGACUCAAGGCAUAUUAACAUCUAAAGAUAUAUUUUUGCGAGUUGUUGCACAAAAUCUUUCUCCUCAAUUGACUUCUGUCGAAAAGGUAAUGACUCGAAACCCCGAAAGUGCAACUGUGGACACCACAAUCCUCGAAGCACUCCAUGUCAUGCAUGACGGAAAAUUCUUACAUCUACCUGUUAUGGACAAAGACGGAACUAUUGUUGCCUGUGUAGAUGUUCUUCAAAUCACUCAUGCCGCCAUAUCUAUUGUCGAGAAUAGUUCAGGCGCUGUUAAUGAUGUGGCAAACACGGUUAUGCACAAGUUUUGGGAUUCAGCAUUUUCCCUUGAUCCGCCUGAUGAUUUUGACAACCGGAGUGAAAUGUCAAUGUCCCGAUUAGCGUUAUCAGAUGUAACCGAACUUGAUAACUUGUAUCCAGCUCCCGGUGUAGGGAACUCAUUUACUUUCAAGUUCACAGAUCGCAAUAGUCGUGUACAUCGGAUCACUUUUGGCACAGACGAUGUAAAUGGACUUGUUUCUGCUGUAAUGCAAAGAGCAGGUGCUAUUGAUAAUUAUGACCGCCCUCGACUUUUGUAUGAAGACGAUGAGGGUGACAAAGUUAUCGUUACGACAGAUUCAGACCUCAUGAGCGCUGUUAGCUAUGCCAGAUCAAUCGGAUUAAAGGUUUUAAGAUUAUAUUUGGAUUAUUCUGAUUUAAGCCCACCAACCACAAUAAAAGGGUCAUCGCCGCCGCCACCACCAUCAUCAUCUGUAGCAACCGCAAUCAAAAGAGGAGAAGGAGGACUCACAAAUCUACGAUAUGGUAUUUUAGCAAGCGCGGUUGCUGUGACAGGCAUUGGAGUUUUGGUCCAUUUAAACCGACCCAAUGUUUAAUAAAUCAAGAUGAUGCCUGUCUUAUUUGUCAAAACUAACCAAAAUAUAUUCUUCUAGAGCAAUAUAUACACGUUUGUUUCCUUUUUGUUUCCUUUUUGUUUUGACUUAUGAAAAGAGAUAGAGAUUGUGUGUUUAUAAGAGUGAGCUUAAGCAUCAUUCUGAGUGUUUUCUCCACUGAAGGAAGGUGUUAAAACCUAUUAUUUAUUUGUCCAAGACAAAUUUUCCUA